AUGCGCACGGAAUGGACUCGCAGCUUUCUGUCGCAGGGCAGACGCCUCCCUAGUCGACGACUUGUGUCUUCUCGCACCUCAAAAAAUGCUCGCUUCUAUGUCCGUAAACGUCCUCGUUCGCUGCCUUCUUUGCCUAUAGCAGUGGGAGUAGCGGCUUUGGCGCUAACUAUGUCACCCGAUACUGCGUGGCAACUACGUAACACUGUGCACUUAGGAGUGUUGGUCCUUUACGAGAGCAAAAUGACGUUAUCUUUUGAAAACAAUGCGGCGUUGGUGGCCCAAUGGAAGGAUGUCGUAAGCUAUGGUGGCGUGCAAGACGAGCUUAUGGAGUGUCUACUGAGCCGCAUCCUGCGUCUACAGGACGACAAGCAGAGCCGUGACACACUGCGCUUCCUCAUAGAUCAAGACAUUUUAUCUCUACUAUUACAGUACAUUGCAUGGAGCAAACCCACUGAUCCUACAAGACUGAAACAGCUGGUGCAAAGUCUUAUCAAAUUGCUGGAGGCUGCUGUAGCCAAUGGGCAAGUGGAGUUGCAAGUGUCAUUAGUGACGCUGGCGCAGGCUCUCGGUCACAUUGUCCCACAAAAGGACGAUGUCGUGAGCUACGUUGAUUUGCUACGAUUAGGCGACGCUUUAGUAAAGGAGCAAGAGUUGGCUUGUAGGAGAGUAGAAGAAGGGGCGACCGCAUCUCAAGCUUUUACGGUGUACCGCUCAGACCUGGCAGAUCCAGACUCGUCGCAUGUUGCUGAGAGUUGUGCUGCUUUGGUGAAACUUUGCUCUCCAGAGAUGCCGGAAUCUAUGAAGAGGAUUGGAUUGUGGGCACUCGGUGCUCUUGUACAGGCGAUCAAUCGAGAGGAGUCAUGUGCUCUUCAGGUAAAGCAACUAGAACCAGUCCUAGGGCCGACGUUUGCCACCAUGCUGCUGGCCCUCCCACGUAAUAGUGGCUUAAAUUUGCAAUUACAGGCUGCUACAAUGGUGGAUCAUCUACUCCAUGUCGCUUGCCGGAACCCGGCGGCAGCGACCCGUGAGACGUAUGAAUUAUGGAUGGAGCAAAUUCGGUACUGGACAGGCACCGAGCAAAAUGAAGACGAGCUCAAGCCUACCAAACAUUUUUGGAUUCGACGAAAGUCUGGUCAAUUGGACCAAAGCGAGGAUGAGGAGACCAUGAAGCAAAGUCAAACACUAUGCCUACAACUACAGCUAAUCAGCUCGCGGUGUAUGCGCACGCUCACAGCAUCUCCGCAGAGCCGACGCUACGUUUGCGAGUCCCCAAAGACAAUGUCAGCGCUUUUGGAGUUAUCCCGUCAGAUUCACGAGAAGCAGCAGACUAAUGGGAACAGCGGCGACGAAGACCUAGCAAGAAAUUUGACGAGCAUUCAGCGGCACGUAUCAUGGGCAUUUCGCAAUAUAUGCACCGGAUUUCAAAGCGGCGCGAUUGCGCUCAAUUGCUUGUUUGAUGCGUUUUCGACGGCAUCUCUUUUGCAAUCUCGCCUUGACUUACCCAUGUCACGUUUCUUUCGCGGGAGUAAUGACCUCACAGGCUUGCCCAUAAUAGGUGCUGAAGAGUACGAAACUAGCACUGAAGUUGGGUGGAUCGACAUUUUGACUGCCUGGAGUGCCAGCCCGAAUCGUCAUGUGCGUGAAAAUGCUAUUACUUGUCUUGUAUACCUAGCUGAGCAGCGACAGUCGUGUCUUGUGGGAUUGAUGUCCGAGGAGGAGGAAGUGAUCCGCAACAAGCAAGAACAUAUUCUUCAAGCGUGGCUCACAAAUAUGCUUCAGCAAAUUCGCUUACUUUCGGGUGGUGAACUCCUUGCAGUCAAGCAAAUGGAAGAGAUCGCCAACGUUUCGAAGGAGUUGACCCCGGGCAACGAGCGAAUUCUGUUCAACUCCGCGGUUGUCGACGCGGGCACUUCAGCUUUGGCAGUUUUGGCGGAACACCACCAUGCUGAGCUGGUGCAACAGGGAGUUGUUCCUCUGGUGGCUUUGCUAGCAUCAACCAGUGAUACCACACCAGCGCUACAUACGCAGUGCGCACGUGUGUUGGCAAACCUAGUUGCUACAUAUUGUCUCGACAUCGACCCACAAAGCUCGGCACUUUCCAUCGAUCCCGCUCGGGCUGAUGUUACAAGCGAUCACGUCGACAUCGCCAAACUACUCGAGGAGACGCCGUCUGGAAAGCAAUUUUUUCGUAGCAUCUGUCGCUGGCGCGAGUGCGAUGAUCCGAUGCAACGCUCGAGUUACUUCCGUGUCGUGCAAAAUCUUCGUGCUUACAACGAAGUAGUAGCUACGGGUCGCCUGGUGAAGGAUGUGUACUGUGAAGGUGUACACCCGAUCAUAUCUCAAAGCGACAUUAAUUCGGUGGAGCAACCUACAGACGAGAAUGGCGUUGCCCCGCUAGUCGAUGUGGUGUUUGUACAUGGCCUGCGUGGACAUCCUUUCGGUACAUGGCGCACCGAUAUGAAACAGCCAGGCGGAAACAACAAGAUUUGGCCGGACGUGCUGCUCGCAAAAGACCUGCAGCGCAACAACGUACCUGCACGGUUAGUGACGUUGGGCUACGAGGCUGGUAUGGUGAGUUGGUCUAGUCCAUGGCCCUCGCUUUCUCUUAAAGAGCGUGCACGCGUCAUGCUUUCAGCUCUCUACGCUGCUAAUAUCGGCCGCGACCGCCGCCACCCUGGCGCACCCGCUCGCCCUGUCGUGUUCAUUACGCACUCGAUGGGUGGCUUGCUGACGAAAACGAUGCUCUUGCUCGAGCGUAAGCAGCGCGAUCAAUCUGGCCUGGCUGACAGCACUAUAGGUAUAAUCUUUCUUGCUGUCCCCCACUUUGGCUCGGGCCUAGCGAUGGGCAUGCAAUCGGAGUCUAUCCGAAAAUUGAUCCAGACGCAUCCAGCCAUCGAAGAUCUUGGAGCAGAUCCCAAUGGACGUCUCAAAGACUUGAACGAUAGCUUCAAGACGCUGGGCAUUGACUGUUUCAGUGUAGGUGAGGAGAGCGCCUCGCCGGUGGCCCUUGGCCUCUCCGCUGUCGUCGUGAAGCCGGACUCGGCUGACCCAGGCACCGGCCGCUUCUACGUGCUACCAGAGUCCGAUCACAUGACAAUUUGUAAGAUCAAAAGCCGCAAUGAGCCGCUCUACCAAGACAUCCUGCAAUUUGUUGUGCAGCAUGCCACAGCAAAUGACGUAACUCGUUCGAAAUAG